UGUCAUGUUGUUGAUCCCUUGAACACGCUGCAACCUAUACAUGGCGGCCGAUAGCCAUGCCCCGCCUCUCCACCUUCCCAGCAAUUCAGAUAUGACAGAGCACAAGCACCGCAGCAGCACACCCACGCACGCGAUGUGCCAUCCCAGACCAGACCAAAAGGGUCCAUGGAUAUCCCGUAAAUGUGCCGUCUUUAUCGUGUUUGGGCUGGCCAUAUGGUCUCUCUAUGUCGUGGUCGGGCGGGUGUGCACGCCGAUGAUUCGAGAGGUGUCGUCUACCGGUAUAGGACGUAGCCCCGGGGCUGGAACGCUUGCUGCCUUUGUUCUAUUGUGGCUCAUGUUCAUCUGGACUUAUCUACGGAUUAUCACCACGCCGCCUGGAUUUGCCAAAGACCGGGUCAAUAGAUCUCUACCGCCGGAUCCUGCGGACUACCCCCGACCCCGUUCCACUUCCCCGGUCCCCGUCGCAGACAACAGCAAUGCACCAGACCCCUCUACGCUUGCACCCACGUUCAACCUGGCUUCCCAAACGAUCCAUCGGUGGGCAUCGCAUAACGAUUCCGCAGAUACCACUAGACCUUCGACCCCGAUGGCGCAAAUGCCACCCAAAGGCGUGAAGGAUUGGCGGCAGGUUCCAAGACCGCUUCCGUACGUGGAGUAUGUCCCCAAGUGGUGCAACUACUGCGAGAUCGUCAAGCCAUCUAGAACUCACCAUUGUCGCCACUGCGGGACAUGCGUUCUACAGUACGAUCACCACUGUGUGUGGGUCGGACAAUGCGUCGGAUGGGCCAACCAUAAGUUUUUUGUCAUCUUCAAUUUCUGGACAGGCUGCUAUUGCCUCUUUACCAUGCUCUUGCUCAUCAUCACUGCUUCCAAGACUAGCGGCAUUGACGGACAAAUAGUUGCUCUGGUAGUCGUGUCUGGCCUGUUCGGGCUGUUCACUAUCACCAUGUUCAUCACCCAUGUGAUGCUCAUAACGAGUGGGCGCACAACAGUUGAGAGUUAUGCCUCGAGAGACCAGCUCGAGCGAGAGAAUUCCCUCUUGCAGAAAGAGUAUGGGUACCUGUGGCACAACCUGGAGAAACGAAAGGUGAGAAAACGGUGGAAGGAAGAGUGGGGAGGGACGGCGGUGGAUGAGAGAUGGAAGUUUGGGGGAAAGAUGGACAUGUGGCGAGAGGAGAUGGGACCAGGACCUCUUGGGUGGAUCUUUCCUGUAGGCAAGCCCCUUGGAGAUGGACAACAUUACAAGAGCAAUCCGCGUUUCGGCCCACAUGGAGAGUGGCUUCUGAAGAAGGAUUGGCCUUCGGGCGUAUCUAUUUAGAUGAUAUGACGACCUUGAUUAUAACGAAUAUGGUUCUCCUUAAUGCACUCUGGUGCCCGCGACAGCUCUCCCCAAGAUCAGCGCCGAAGAAGAGACGUCAACGAAAGGCAAAGGUAGUGCGCCGGAGAGUAGAUGGGUUGCCAGUGAACUCGAGUCAUGCAAGACGCAUUGCCGGACAUCCAUCCCGCCCUCUAGGAUCACCUUGACUCGAGCUUCCUGCCGUUGCGCAAGUUUUGUGGGCAAGUCCGG